AUGAGUUCAUGUGGGUGGAACCGUGGCGGUGGCGCGGUGUUGUCGAAUGAUGAUGGUGAAGCCGUGGUGAUGAAAUGUUGUUUUGGUGUGAGGAAACUAAAGGGGUGUUUGUUUGUUUGUAUUCAUGAAGAGGAAGUCUUGGAAGAAGGUGAGUAA